GUGAAAUCAAUAAGGCAAUGCCCAUUGUUUUGUGCAACAGAUGGAUUGGUGUUUUGACGGUGAUUCUUUUGUAGAAGAUGAAUAUCAGUUGUAUUCUGCAUCUUUGGACGAUACUCUAACUGCUAGUAGAAGAUCACCCUGCAGUCGCAGCAGUUCUGAUGACGAUUCUACGUCAAGUUGUGGAGACUCACUAGAGACUUACUCUAGGGCGCAAUCGAAUCUAGUGACGUUGCAAUAUGGUUUCAUAACGAAGCCAUCGUACAGCCAUCCUGCUCGCAAUGGUGACGUCACUAGUGUGACGUACAAUUCAAGACUUGGACAGUUUGUUAUUGUUGAUGGUUCUGGGAUAACAUUGUGGAAUGAUUCGUUGAUUGGUGAUGUUAAAGUGAAAGUUUUUCCAUUUCCAUCAUAUCAACAUCACCUUAUUAGACACAUUAUCCAUGUGAACUCAUAUAAUGUCUAUUUUGUGAUUACAAAUGAUCGAAGAGUGAAGAUUUUAAAUAAAAAUUUUGAAGAAGCUUUUUUUCUCAAAGAUUCUCAUUCAAUUCUUGAUCUUGUUUAUAAUUCUGCAAAGCAUGAACUAAUCACAAGUGGUGUUGAUGGUUUGAAGUUUUGGGAGUACAAGAGACAUUCGCAAACUGGAAGUGACAAGAAGACAACAGUGAUGUCACAAUUUGUUCUUCAACAUAGAAAGACUGUUGUGCCACCUCUUUCUAAAGAUCACUGGGUGCACAAACUACAAAUUGAUAUGAUGUCUGAAGACAAAAAGAUUCAGAAGCUCUACUGUAUGGCAGCAUGUGAUCUUCUUUUUUAUGACCUAGAAGGAGAUUUUAUUGCAAAAUGGGAAGGGUUGCAUGAUUUUGCUAUUUCAUCUUGUAUCUUUAUUCCACGUGUAAAGUUCUAUGUGACAUCAGGAAGAGAUUCUUGUGUGAAGAUAUGGACUGAAAUGGGUAGUUUAGUUACCCAGUUUAGCACUCACAUAAAGCCAGUCAUUCAAGUUAUUGUCCAUCCUGAAUCAGAUGUUCUUCUGCUCUCAGGAUCUUUAGAUGGCACAGUUCGUAUGUGGAAUCUCUUGACUAUGACAGAGUCCUACAGCACAUCCGUUUGUGAAGGAGGAUUGCUUAGCAUGAAUGUGAUGCACACCAACAAUGGAUGGAUGCUGUAUGUUGCUGCAAGAAGGGCAAUUAAUAUGUUCAAUCUUAAUCAUCUACUGGAUUUUUGGAGUGAGACACAGUGCAGAAUGCUUAGUUUAUCUCUUGCGGGUAGUAAAUCAAAAACGGGUAGAGUAACUGCGGUUGGAGAGGACAACAGUGUACGGAUAUUUUCACGAGAAACUGGAGCAACAGUGACAAUGGUAUUGCCUCCACCUACGACAAGUUUGUUGACAAGCGUUAAGGCUGCUGUCUACAGUAGACAGCAUAGUCUCAUUUAUAUUUUGAUCAAUGAACGAGAAAUCUGGGUUUACACAACAAGAACCAAUCCUUGUUGUCGAAUUGAUGUGUGGGAUGGUCAAAUGUUGGACAGUUUGGUUAAUGAUCAACUUAGACUACAACUUGGCAAAAAGGCUUUUGCUGUAGUUAUUUCUUGUAUGUGUCUUUUGUGUGCACCAAUUACUGUUAUGACUGAUGAAGAGGAAUCUUGUUGCAACUGUUGUGAGUUUCUUGUUCUUGGGCUUCAGGAUGGUAGGCUGAUCAUUGCUGAUGGUCAAGUUCGAGGCUUGAGACAUGUAGAGAUUUCUGUCAGCACUGGCUCUGUGGUACAUCUUGUUCAUGACUCUGGGAGCAACACUUUGCUGACGAUGUGCCAAGCUGUCAGCCAUUUUAAUUUUCAAGUUUGGUCUCUGCCUGAACUUCAACUUCUGGAAACAGUGACUUGUAACCUAAAUGUGACAUGUUUUACUCACAAGAAGAAUUUUUUGUUUUGCGGUCAUGAAAAUGGGGAUAUUCAUUUGCACUCAUUAUCUUCUUUUGGAGGAUCUACUAGUUUCUUUGGAGACUCCAGUGGUAUGUCAGUAGUUGACGAUACACAAGGUCAUGUUGGCGCAGUUUGCAGCGUUGAUUCUCAUGAGUAUCUAAAUAUCUUUUUGUCUACUGGAAUGGAUGGUUACAUGAAGAUUUGGGACACCCACAAGACCCUCCUUAGAGAAGUUGAUCUUGGUUCAAGUUUAGGGGCUGCAGUCUUUCUUAAUAACUUCGGUGAUAUUCUGCUCAGUUUUCAAAGUCAACUGUAUUGCAUGGAGUCAUCAAAGUUUUACCCUCUUUCUGCUGCAUUUUGCAAACAGACACAUGAAGAAGAAAUUGCUUCUUUAGAGUCUGCUGUCUUUGAAGAUCCAUCUUUGAAAUACGACUUUGUUACUAAUGAGUUAACAACAGACAUGGAGACUUACUUGGUUCCGUAUAGUCUGCCUUUAAAGAAGUCAUGGUUACUAGAUGGUGGUUUGCUGGUAACAGACCAUGAUGUUAGUGAUGAAGAACACGAUUCUCAGGCAUCUGAUGUUGCUUCUGUUACAAGCUCUCAACAUGCUCCUUCUGACAUUUACCAAUCUUUACAAUCAUCCUUGUGUACGUCUUUGAUUGCGCUCAAUGAGCUGAAUGAGUUUGGACUGUAUGAACAGACAAGAAGUGAUAUAAUGAAUUGUGAAAAACCAACUCUUGGUUUGUCUCCUGUUUCGUCUCCACCUCAAAGUCCUAGACAAGUUGACUUUAUUGUAGAGAUCACAUCUGACCAAGAAGAAGAUAGGUUUUGUAUCAGUACAGAGGAAGACUCCUUAUCUCUGCCCAUGCAGUCAGCCUCAGUUGGAGUUCCUUUAGAUGAGCCAAAGCAGACAAAGCUGGACAUUUACCAGUUGUCACAAAAAAAGAAACAUAGUGAUGUUGUGAGCUCAAUUGAGAGUAGUAGAGGGGAGGAAGAUUCCAAGAUUUAUAAAAGACCUAGUCGUAUUGGUAGUAUUAAGAUUGACAGUUCUACUUUAGUUUCUCCUCGGGUAGAAAAAGGAAUUUAUCAACAAAACAUUUUAUCUCAGGGUAAUAGCAGUGAUUCUAUUACUACAGUGGUGAAAAGUGAGCAAUAUGGUGCUUCAGAUGACAAGUCAAGAGUUAAUGUGUCAAUGCAAAGGAAAAGUAAGGACCGUAAGAAGAGGAUAUCCCAAAGGAGGCAGUCAGUCAGGCAGCAGCUCCGGUCUAAAGAGGUUGGAAUAGGUCAAGAGAUCAAUCAACUAUCCAUCCCACAAAGUCUUAUAAACACUACAAAUCAUAGUGGAGAGUUGUCUGCAAACUGUUGUAGCAAGGACAUAAAAGAGCUUAUUCAAUCCGAUCUACAGCUUCAAGGUACAGGGAAAACUACACUUGAUGUUGGAAACGUGAGCACGUUACAAGAAGAAAGUGAAAUGUCAGGAUCUGUUGAACAAGGUGCAAAUACAGAGUACAGCUUUGCUGUAGACCGAAGCAAUAGGACUAAACCUGGCUACUCGCUGAUAUCAGAUGAAUAUUUGAAUGGCAGUGCUGCAGUUGAGCUAGCUCAGUAUCAAACAAACUAUCACACUGUCAGUAUGACAAGCUCUAAUAAGUGUCACUCGCGUCCUUUGUCUGCUGUAGUUAGUGACACACAUUCGGACAUACAUGACAGGGAUGACGAUAUGCUAUCAGUUAUUUCAUCACAAGGGACCCUUGUUUGCCUUGUUCCGGGUACCUCUAUUAGGUCAGCUGAAUCAAGAGCAAGCAUUCUCAGUCACCAUCUAUCGGACUGUUCUACAGUGAAAUUUGGAGAUGGUAUUACGGCAAUAGAGAUUAAAGAUCCCACGUGGGAGAAUGAAAGAGCAAUAGAUUUGUUAAAACCUUCAAGACAUUUUUCUCUACCGGAUGUGAGUACAUACGACAAUACUUGGGCUGACAGAGUUGUGGCUCGUAGCAAAGUAAAGAGAGAACAACUUAAAGAGAGAGCACUAAGUGCAGCUGCACGUCGUCAUCUUGGCGAACUUAAUCGCUUGUACGGUCAAUUAUUUGUAUCCAGACACAGUGAUUGUCACAAUAACUCAUCCAAGGUUGCAGAAAGAGUAUCAUCAGCUCCCAAUUUUUAUACUAACACACAACAUUACGCUAGGAAAACUGACUAUAGUCAAAGUAGUCUGCCUCACAAAAGGCAAAUAUCAAUAUCAUCAUUAUCUACAUUUGACAACACAAUGCUUUUGGAAUCUGAUGGAUGUCCUAAAUCGACUUCUUUGAAACGAAUGCAGGAGUCUGAAUUUGGUCUUCAUAAGAAGAGUCUUGCAGGUUCAUUGCAGUUUCGUUGCAACAUUGGCAGGCAAUCAAGGGAUGCCGGGCUGCUUGCUGCAGAAACUAAGGUGCUACAACAGUCCAGUUGUUUCGAGCCAAGAGUCCAUUGUUCUAUUCCCACCAAGCCACGCUUUUACGUGUUGUCCGAUGGAAAAAGUAAGGGCAGAAAACCUGUGUCUCAGACUCCUUCUCACUUGGAAAGUCAGCUGUUGAAAGCAAGAUUUGGUACUUGUCUGCCGACACAAAGGAUUAGAAAACAGGCCACUGUUACAAUAUAGAAAGAAAAGCAGAUACAAAUUAUAA